AUGAAAAAGAGAGUUCACAAAUAAAAGAAUAUAUAUAUAAUCAUUCAAUCGAGAGUUUGGGAAGAAAAUUAAUAAAAAAAUUAAUAAUAAACAAAUCUUAUUAGGUUAAGUUAAUAAAUAAAUAAAAAAGAAUCAGGAAUGUUUAAUUUUAGAUAAAAAGUUUGGAUUACUUUAAUUAUUUUCAUUUGGAUCUUCUUUGCCAACACCUAAGAUAGAUAGAUCGCUAAUGGUUGGAUUACAGGAGCUGUUAUAUUUAGUUCUGUCCUUAUAAUAGAUCUCUUGUUUACUGGAUCCAAUUCAUUUUUAUAUGAACCCGAAUACAGCAAUUGGAAAGAAAGAGUUGAAAAAGGAUAAGGUUAUUGA